AUUAAUCGAAAAAUUGAACCAAAAAUAGAGAAAGAAAUCGCGAAAAUUUUGACGCGGAAAGAGAGAGAGAGAGAGAGAGAGAGAUCGGGGAGAAUGCGUCGGAGGAGCAACCGUGAUCAUCUCCUUCGAGAUCUAGGGUUUUUGCUAGGGUUUCUGAUCCUCUUCGACGCCCCAUUCCGAACCCUCGCCUCGAUCCACGAGUACGCGAAUGGAGCCUUCGCCCCCCGAUCCAACUCCUUCUUCUUCCACGGCGGGAGCGAGGGGCUCUACGCCUCCGAGGCGACCAACUCCUCCGAUGGCAACUCCUUCAUCCGGUUUGAAUCAGUCACAUUUCGUCGUACAAAAGAGUCAGCAUCCCUGCAUCAUGAAAUGCAACAGAAGACUGGAUUAGUGGAGGCUAUUAUAGUUGAAGUUCAGGACAGGGAUAAGAUUGGUGGUACAUAUUUUAAUUCCGAUGCUAUAUGUUGCUCUCCUACUCUUAGCACUGAGAAGUCUUGUAGAUUGGGCGAAGUUAUUAUUCGCCCAAAUCCGGACAAUCCAGAUUGGCCCAGACGGAUUCAAACAUUUUUUGAUGGCCGAAAUGAAGAAGCAAGUAUGGUAACUCAGUCUGUACCCAUAAACAGUACUGGAAUGUAUUACCUCUAUUUUAUGUUUUGCAAUCCUCAACUUAAAGGCUUGACAAUCAGUGGUAGAACUGUUUGGAGAAAUCCUCAUGGCUACCUUCCCGGGAAGAUGACUCCAUUAAUGAAGUUCUUUGGAUUCAUGUCGCUGGCGUAUCUUCUACUUGGUCUUUUCUGGUUUCUCCGAUUUGUGCGGUUUUGGAAAGAUAUUCUGCAGCUACACUACCACAUCACUGCUGUGAUUGCUCUAGGCAUGUGUGAAAUGGCUUUCUGGUACUUUGAGUAUGCUAACUUUAACUCCACUGGAACUAGACCUAUGGGCAUAACCUUGUGGGCGGUCACAUUUACUGCUGUCAAAAAGACAGUAUCUCGUCUGCUUCUUUUGGUAGUUUCAAUGGGUUAUGGUAUUGUUCGGACAACAUUGGGCGGAAUAAGUUCUAAGGUUGCUUUUCUUGGUGUUGUAUAUUUUAUUGCUUCGGAGGCACUUGAACUUGUUGAACAUUUGGGGAACAUAAAUGACUUCUCAGGAAAAGCAAGGUUGUUUCUAGUGUUGCCUGUUGCUGUACUUGAUGCAACCUUCAUUGUCUGGAUAUUUUCAUCGCUAUCGAAAACUCUAGAAAAACUUCAGGCGCGGAGAAGUUUGGCUAAACUCGAGCUAUAUAGGAAGUUUACCAAUUCCUUGGCGGUAUCUGUACUCAUCUCUGUUGCAUGGAUUGGCUAUGAGCUAUACUUUAAUGCAACUGAUCCGUUGAGCGAGCUGUGGCAGAGGGCUUGGAUCAUCUCAGCUUUUUGGAAUGUUCUCUCUUACAUACUCCUUGCAAUCAUAUGCAUCCUCUGGGCCCCAUGUCAUAAUCCUACAAGAUAUGCAUACUCAGAGGACACAGGUGAUGACUUUGAUGAGGAGGGUGUGUCACUUACUGGAACUGGAGCCAAGGGAAUCGGCGACAUCAUGAACAAAUUGGAAAGAAAAGAGAGGAAAACUGCAGAUCAUGUGUUUGGUCUGGGAGAUGACCUUGAAGAGGAUAAACGGGAGUGACAUCUUCUCUCGGAUAGGGUUCUAUAAUCUCCUCUUCAUCAUACUGAUGUAGCUCACCAAGACUCCACAGCACGUGAAGUGAUCAGCUUAAGUGAGUACAUGUACAAAAGGCGACUCAUUGGUUUCAGGCUUCGGCUGGAGGAUCAAAGAAGUGUCUCUAAAUUUGUCUGAUGUUUACUUGUUCAUUAGAAAUAUGAAAAAGAAACAGAGCGUUUCCAAAUAAAAGUUUUAUGAACUUCUGGUGAGUAUACGAAGCAGUUCUUUGUAAUGUCACUGUACUGAACUGUAAUACUUGGUGAUGAUGACAUGUUGUUGAGCACCGUGAUCUGAGAAAAUUACUUUUCCAUGUUGUGAAUUGAAAGGCCACUUGAAAGUUCA